AUGGAUUACAUUGAUUCACAAAUUAAUGUCACUGUUUAUGGAAAUGCUACAGUGGGCACCCCCUUUGCAGCUGUCCAGGCUGUCGACAGAGACUUGGGGACCAAUGCACAGUAUGGUUACAGCCAGAAAGUUGCACAAGAAUCCAAGGAUUUAUUCCACCUGGAUGAGACUACUGGAGUCAUUAAGCUUUUCAGUAAGAUUGGUGGGAGUGCUCUACAGACACACAAGCUCACCAUCCUUGCUAAUGGACCGGGCUGUAUCCCUGCAGUGAUCACUGCUCUUGUUUCCAUCAUCAAAGUCGUUUUCAGACCCCCAGAAAUUGUACCAUGUUAUAUUGCAAAUGAGAAGGAUGGGGUUGUAUAUCUGAAAGAACUGGAGCCUAUUAAUACUCCAAUUGCAUUUUUUACCAUAAGUGAUCCAGAAGGUAAAUACAAGAUUAACUGCUACCUGGAUGGUGAAGGGCCAUUUAGGUUAGCACCUUACAAGCCGUACAACAAUGAAUAUCUGUUAGAGACCACAAAAUCUAUGGACUAUGAGCAGCAACAAUUCUAUGAAAUAGCUGUUGUGGCCUGGAACUCAGUGUUUCAUGACAAGAGAAUCAUUAAAGUACAACUUUUAGAUGACAAUGACAAUGCUCCUGUUUUCCUUCAACCUUUGAUAGAACUGACCAUUGAAGAAAACAAUGCACCCAACGCCUUUCUAAUGAAGCUCUAUGCCACAGAUGCUGAUAGUGGAGAGAGGGGACAAGUUUCCUAUUUCCUGGGACCGGAUGCACCAUCAUAUUUUUCCUUGGACAGUGUCACCGGGAUUCUGACAGUUUCUACUCAGCUGGACAGAGAAGAGAAAGAAAAGUAUAGGUACACUGUCUGUGCUGUGGACUGUGGAAAGCCACCCAGAGAAUCAGUGGCUACAGUGGCUCUCACUGUGUUGGAUAGAUUCAUCAACAAAGACUUCAGCUUUUUUGUGCCAGAAAACUUUCCAGGAUAUGGUGAAAUUGGAGUCAUUAGUGUAACCGAUGCUGAUGCUGGGAGGAAUGGAUGGGUAGCCCUCUCAGUGGUAAACCAGAGUGACAUUUUUGUCAUAGAUACAGGCAAGGGCAUGCUGAGAACUAAAGUAUCUUUAGACAGAGAACAACAAAGCUCCUACACUCUGUGGGUGGAAGCUGUUGAUGGGGGUGAGCCUGCCCUUUCUUCUACCACAAAAAUCACAAUUCUUCUUCUGGACAUCAAUGAUAACCCUCCCCUUGUCUUAUUUCCUCAAUCUAAUAUGUCCUAUUUGUUGGUCCUACCCUCUACUCUCCCUGGCUCACCAGUAACAGAGGUCUAUGCUGUUGACAAAGACACUGGAAUGAAUGCUCUCAUAGCUUAUAGUAUCAUAGGAAGAAGAGGUCCCAGGCCCGAGUCCUUCAGGAUUGACCCUAAAACUGGCAACACAACUCUGGAAGAAGCUUUGCUGCAGACAGACUAUGGACUGCAUCGCUUACUGGUGAAAGUGAGUGAUCAUGGCUACCCUGAACCUCUCCAUUCCACUGUCAUGGUGAACACUGUCAGUAGUGAGAGUUAUAUUGAGAGUCUUUUAAGAAAAGAACCAGAAAUUAAUAUAGAAGAGAAAGAACCACAAAUCUCAAUAGAACCAACUCAUAGGAAGGUAGAAUCUGUGUCCUGUAUGCCCACAUUAGUAGCUCUGUCUGUCAUAAACUUGGGUUCCAUCACACUAGUAACAGGGAUGGGAAUAUAUAUCUGCUUACAGAAAGGUAAAAAACAUCGCAGGGAAGAUGAAAAUUUGGAAGUACAAAUUCCACUGAAAGGAAAAAUUGACUUGUAUAUGAGAGAGAGAAAACCAAUGUGUGGAACAAUUUUAAGAGUACUGGUAUCAGGUCUUCCUUGA